AUGGCGGCUGUGGCUCAGGAGGUAGAGCAGGUUGCCUGUUAUUUUGAAGGUCGGAGUGCCUAUGUCCCAGAGGGCCUGCUUACUUCCUGUUCGUGGGACUACAUGACCUUUACCCCGUCGGUGCGAGCGUACACCAUGCUGCUCUUCAUCUUCGCCUUCUUCCUGCCGCUCUUCAUCAUCAUCUACUGCUACCUCUUCAUCUUCCGCGCCAUCCGCAACACCAACCGGGCCGUGGGGAAGACAAACGGCAGCAUUCACAGUCAUGGCAGCGGUCGAGACUCCCACCGGAUGCACAAUGAGUGGAAAAUGGCGAAGAUCGCUCUGAUUGUCAUCCUGCUCUACGUCAUCUCCUGGUCGCCGUACUCCGCCGUUGCUCUCACCGCCUUCGCCGGGUACGCAGACAUAUUGACUCCCUACAUGAACUCUGUGCCCGCCGUCAUCGCCAAGGCCUCGGCCAUCCACAACCCCAUCAUCUACGCCAUCACGCACCCGAAAUACAGGUUAGCGCUAGCCAAGUACAUCCCAUUCCUCGGCGCCUUGCUCUGCAUCCGUCCUCGUGACCUCCGCUCGGCCAGCAGCAGCUUCAUGUCGACGCGUCGCUCCACGGUGACCAGCCAGACCUCCGACAUCAGCAGCCAGUUCAGGCGGCAGAGCAACGGCAAGUCCCGCCUCUCCUCCAUCUCCGACAGCGAAUCGGGUUUGACGGACACUGAAGCUGACCUGUCCAGCAUGGGCUCCAGACCAGCCAGCCGCCAGGUCUCCUGUGACAUCAGCAGAGACACCGCCGAGCUCCCCGAAAUCAAACCCUCCUUCAGCUUCAAGUCCAAGAUGAAGAACCACGACUCGGGCAUCUUCGAAAAGAUGUCCGGUGACACUGAUAUCUCCAUGGCAGGAGUCAGUGAACGCGGCAGCAUCCCAAACAGCGGGGAUCUUGCAGAGGGACACGUGACGAGAAGCACGAUUGGUCGAAUCCCGAGCAUCGUCGUCACCUCUGAGUCCAGCCCCUUUCUUCCCAUCAGUCGAAAAGGUUCCAGCACUGCCCGCUCCAAGACAGCCAACAACACAAAGGCGGGGUCUGGGUAGAGCCCCGCCCCCUCCAGCUGAUCACCUGCAGCCACCUGACCAGCUCACGUCCAGUCAGAUAAUUAGAAGUGUAGAGUUCAAACACACCUGAAGAACACACGAAAGCCAUUUGAUCAAAGCAAACAUGACGGUGUUGGGUACGUUGGGGACUACGUCAAAGAUUUAUUGGUAGUGGACAGAAUUACUCCUGAUAAAUGUCAAAGAACGGCUGUAGCCAUGAUUAAUAUAGACUGCGACCAGUACCAACUGAACCAAACAGCACUUAUAUUUUUGUCCCAACUAACGUGUAUUAGGUGUUAAGUUGUCAAGAAGACUGUAAUAUGAAAAUGUUUCUUAUGCUACUUAAGUAAACAAGCAUUGGAGGGUGGAAUGUUUUUUUUUUACUUUAACCCCAAAAACAUAAUUUUCCUGCAUCUGAUUUCCAUCCCCAAAAUCCCAACUCGUCACAUAAGGACGCUUGGUCAAGACCCCUUGGCGUCACUUUUUAACGCCCUAAGUACCCUUAAGGGUCGUUUUAGGGUCUAAACAAUAGAUAUGUAACGUCCGGUCAAGUUAGCAACAAUAAACACGCAAUGUUAGACUUUCACAAUAAUGGUAUGUGUUAACGUUGCGAGAUGUCGCAAUUUUUAAACGGCACGUUGUUGACAAAACGUUAAUGGUUUGGGUUAAAAUAACCGCGUUACUUACGUAACUUGACUUUCUUAAAUUAAGUAACAUACUUAUGCAACUAACAUAACCUACAUAAUUUAAAUAAAAAAAUUCAAUUUGUACUUUUUGUUUCACACGAGCAACGAACACCAGUCCCCUGGUUGAAAGUCCGGUUUCUGGACUACCUCCUUACUCAGACCUUUCUGUUAAGUAUCCUACACCUACCUUUAGCGGUCAAAAAUUAUGCUACGUUCCCCCCAGUGCAUUGAACGAUGACGUUAAGGGGCUCCCCAGUGCAUUGGGUUAGGGGUAGGGUUAGCCCUAGAUGCCAACAGGACUUGGCCAUGUAUUCUUAUGUGAUGAUGUUUAUGUGUGACUUGGGAGUAAGAAUGGCUUGCUAUCCCUGAUUCAGAUGGAUGUAAACAGAUGUAAGUUUUUUUUUUAACUCCUCUUAUCAUUUUAUUUUUCUCUUCAGGUGAGACGGGUUAUGGUCCCUGAGCCUUUUUAACAAACAUUUUCAUUUGUUUCAGGACAAGGAAAUUAUUAAUAUGAGAUUUUUCUACAAACCCUGUGGAUUCCUGUUUGUGUGCUUGUUGUGUUUUGCUUUUGAUUUGUUUUUCUGUCGUUUCCCAGCUCAGUCCUACAGAGACAUGUGACAGGUGGAAAGUUGUUUGUUUGGUUCUUUGUGAGUAAGAACUUAGAUAUUACAUAAAAAAACAAAUUCAAAACCCAGCUCUCAAUUUGACCGUUGACUGACUAAACCCCAUCACAGCUCAUAGCUAACAGUAACCUUACUAGGAGUGGUUGAUCCGUCAAGUCUUGUAAUUUUCCGCAUGGUGAAGAGGUGUACAUGUGGCUCUGUAUACUCUAACCCACUCAAACAAUAUAAAAAGGUACGAGUAAAGGUGUAAGGAAUGGGAUUAAACUGUUAAAUCUGAUCUAACCUAAGAUGUAAAUGAGCAUGUCCAGCUGACUACCUUAUGCUACUAUAAAAAGUAGUAAACCUAAGGCAUUUUUUUUAGCAUUGCAUUAUUUUGUGGCAUUACACGUUGCAUUAUCCACUGUGCUACUCCUGGAGUGCAGGCUAACGUUAGCGACUCUGUCCUGCUGUAUUUCGUUCGAAGAUGUUUAAACCCCAACCCUAGCCAAACUCUUUACUCACAACUAGUCCUCAUCCCAAAAGCCUUUAUCUUAUAAUAUAAAAAGUGACAAUGUUUAUAUAUAUGUAACAAUAAUGCGUUAAUCCAACCAGUGUCUCGUUUGUUCUUGGCCAAAUGGCUAUUUUUUAAUACUCAUACCAGAAGGACUAGCUAAGUGCUACACUUCAAUAAAAGAACAAUGUUUCUUUAUUUCAACAUGUAUAAUAAAAUAGUGAGAAUGCUGACAUUUGCCUGGGACCUGUUAGCUUUAGCCUCGUUCUGUUAGCGUGACCAUUUUUACAGGGUUCUUAAAACAUUUAAGAACAUUAAAAUGUUUGCUGGAAACUGAGUUUUUAAACAGUUCAUGGAGCUGACAUAACUAGCUAACUAGCCGAAAGUGACCUAAUCUGUUUGCGACAGCUGUCAUUUUAAAGUGGUCCAUGACUAAAAAUAUGAAUCUGAUUUUGUCUACUGCAUAAAAUCAAGGACCAAUUGACCAAAAAUUUCUAAGAAUUUUGAUUGUUAAUUUGCCACCUGCAAUGUAUUGACAGCCUAAAAUAUGUACUAGGUCUGUAAUAGGUAGUCAACGACGAAAGAAACAAAUGUUUUGAUCCCAUUUAAAUAGUGCCCUUAAUUAUACACAGGAUGUUUGUCAAGUUAAAAUAUACUUACAAUAAAUAUAUGUAAAGUCAAGAAAGUUGCAGUUUGUUUUGUAGACAUACAAAAAUACUUAAUUAGAAAGACCACAAACCCAAAAGUCACAUAUUUGACGUCAUAACUGUUUAUCUGACUGACUGAAGGUAACGUUACUUAAGCUAAUGUCAAAGAGCACCCAUGUGUGGAUGAUGUGAUAAAAGGACCAGGAGUUGUUGGAUUAAACAAGGUGAAAUACAUCUGUGCGUUGAACAUAGCUAAGUUACCUAUAGUAGCAAGGAAGCGAUGAAGGUUAGCUUUGCAUUACAGCGCUAACAUGUUGGUGACGUAUAUUGUGCAAGACAAGAGAUGUAGUUAAUGGAGCGGUUUCACACAAAACUAAAUGUUACUUUACUGUUUUACAACAAACUGUGACUUUCUUGACUUAAAUUAUGUUUUAAAUUGACAAGCAUCUUGUGUGUGAUUCAGGACAAAACUCAAACAAGACAAAACAUUACUUGUCUCUCACCACUGACUACCGGACAUUUUAUUUUCCAAAAGAAGGUCCCAUGAGGGGGAAGAGGAAGUGAGGGAGGGGUAAAAAAACAACCAGAUCAACACCAAAAAACAAAUAGACAACUCUGCUUUCCAACAUGGUCUUUGUUCUUUAUCCAUUUAUCCUAGUUUCAGAUAGAAUGAACCUGGAAAAGGAGAAUAUCCGAUUAAAAUUACAUUUCAACGAAGGUUCUGCCAGAUUUAAGUGCUGAGAGGAAGGGCCAUACUUUGGGAAAUCCUUUUGUCAUCAUUUGAAAUGUAUUUUUCCACUUCUGAAGGAGCUGGGCUAGCAGUUUCCGCCUGAUUCCAGUCUUUGUGCUAAGGUGAAACACACCCUGGACCUCUCUGUGUACUGGACACACAGAGACAAAACUGAUUUCACUUACUGAUAUCAAUUUUGGAUCAUAUCUGGGUAUGAUGUCAAUCAAUACGAUUUAGCAAAAUGUCAGACUGCUCCUUUGAAUAAAUUCAGAUGUUUCUCCUUAUCUCAGUGACUGCUUAAAGCCCUGAGGCCUGCAAAUGCACUUUUAUUACAAAAUAUUUUAAAUGUUUUUAAAGAUUUCCUGCAUUCUGGUGUUGUUCAAUUAGUGUUUUUCUUUCUGUUAGUGUUUCCUUCUUUUCUUGAUUGCGUAUUUAAAGUCUAUAUUUUGCUGAAGGACGGUGUAGUGGAAUGUGAUCGUGAUGUAGUUGGUGUUAGUACCAGGGGGGUGAAAAGGGACCUAACUGUUGAUUGUAACAUUGGGCUUGAUAAGCCAAUCUGACUGUUGGUCUGCAUGAAGUUACUUGUACAUUCCCCAAUAGUCAAUUUGAAUGUUUCUUUAAAAUAACACAACUUUUGACAAGUUUUCUGCUGGGAGGGAAGUUUUCAUUAAUUCAAUAAACUUAAAGGCAAUUGAACAAAACCAGAUUAGCACAAGAACUGAACAGUUUGAACAGCUGAACUGCACUGUUUACUAACCUGAAACAAACUAUUUCAGCUUCUGAACUAUUAGCGAGGCAGAACAAAAACUGCUUUUUUAGCUAAAUGACCCCAAAACUGUUUUUAUUGUUAAACUGAACCAUUGUUUGCUAACCUUUAUCAAAAUGUUUUAGGAGCUAAACUAGGCUGGAAACAAACCUUAACCAAAAUGUUUUCUUAGUGAACUGACCUUUAAUAGUUUAAGCUGAUCAAAGCUGUUUAACUGCUGUUUAGCCAAACCAUUAGCUAAAUGACACCAAAACUGUUGUAGCUGUUAAACUGAACCAAUUUUAAACCUUUAGUGUUUUGGGGGAAAUGACCUUUAGCUAAAGUUAAACACACAGUUUAAGCUGCUAAACUGAACUUUUAGCUUAGCCAAAAAAAGCUGUUUAACUGCUGUUAGGUAAACAAAACUAAACCUGUUUGUUGUUAACCAGCGUGUUUGUUGUUAACCAGCGUAACACAGCUGUUUAAAUGCUAAAUGAAGUUGCGACGGGUGGCUUAAUUUAGUUGGUAGUUAGCAUUAAUCUUAAUAUGUUGUAGGUUCUAAACUGGGCUGUUAACAAACCUGAACCAAACUGUGUGCUUUUAACUAAAAUGAAACAAACUGAUGCUGAAGUAAAGAUGCUAAAUUACACCAUAUUAUAACCUUAAUUAAUAUAAUUUAGUUGCUAAACUAAACCAGCAGUUUAAACUGAAUUUUAAGUGCUUCAGCUGCGACUUUCAAGCUGCUUUGAAAGCUUUUGAAGUUUUAAAUAGUUGUUAUAUUCAUGCAGGUCUUCAAACCUUUCUCUCUGUGGCCUACGAACAAAAACCUCUACUAGUUCACUAAUCAUUCCCCCUUGCAUCCAAAUGCUGACAGUACAGUGUAAUGUGGCAGCAGUAUGGUGCAGUAAAGCUCUGCACAAUGUUGAAUAGACAGUAAUGAGAUUAAAUAUAAAUGCAAGUGUUUGCUAUAUUAGUUCCUGUGUAAUGAAGUUUUUGUUUUCAACGGGAAGGUGACUUAUUGUAGAUGUGUUUCUCCUGUUUACCUCAGUGUUGCUCUUAUUUAUUUUUCUAAAUAAAUAUCUAUUAUUCACUGUAUUCAUCGUGGGACGCCUCUGUUUGAGCCUUCAUCACUGCAGAAACAGAAAUGGCCUUUUAGAAUUACACGCAUACAAUAUAUACAUAUAUAUAUAUAUAUAAACUGUACAAU